GCAAUCAUGACCUCCACCACCCCCACCACCAGCGUCUACUCCGUCGGCCCGUACCACGGCCUCCCAGUACUGCCCUCAUCAGCCCGGAACCUCACCGCGAUCGUCACCGGCGCGAACGGCACUAUACCCUCCCCGCGCAUCUCCGGCCAGCACAUCCUCAAAGUCCUGCUCUCGCACCCCACGGUAUGGACUCGCAUCUACGCGCUCUCCCGCCGACCCCCGCCAGCGGGCACGUCCGCGGCCGACCCACGGGUGACGCACAUCAACACGGACUUCCUGGGGGGCGCGGAGAGCAUCCACGCGGCGAUGCAGGCAGGCGGCGUGAAGGACGCCGACUAUGUAUUCUUUGCCACGUACAAGGAGAACAGCGACGAAGGCUUGUGGAGCGGGCAGAAGGAGAUGUGGGACGAGAACGGCAAGAUGCUCGAGGACUUUUUGGUCGCCCUCGAGCAACUGCAGAAGGGGAGGUGUAAGCGUGUCGUCCUACAGACUGGCGCGAAGCACUACGGCGUCCAGUUUGGUGAGGUGAUGGCGCCCUGUAGGGAGGAGGAUCUGAGGGUCGAUGAUGGCCCGUAUGCUGGGACGUUGAACUUUUAUUAUAGGCAGCAGGAUAUCCUGAAGGAGUAUGCGGGAAAGCAUGGGUUUGAGUGGAUCGAGGCGAGGCCGAGCAACGUCAUCGGUGCCGUCGCAGGGAACUUUAUGAAUGAGGCUAUCGCGGUUGGGCUGUACAUCGCUGUGCAGAAGGAGCUCGGCGGGCCGAUCCUCUUCCCGGGAACAUGGAAGAAAUACAACAGCAUCGAAAUCCAGUCCUCGGCGCUGCUGAUGGCGUACCUCGAAGAGUGGGCGGUUCUGACGCCCGAAUGCGCGAACCAAUCCAUCAACGCGGUAAACGGCGACGCACCCACGUGGGCACGGCUAUGGCCCGCGAUGCUGGCCAACUUCAAUGUCGACCCAUCCAUGGCCUCGCUGGACGUGCAAUUCGCGAGCGCCGAGAUCCCCGCCGAGUGGGCCGGCCAGAAGAUGGAAAUGCCAUACCCGCGGCCGCUCGACCGCAAGACGAAGUCGGCGCUGGAUCUGCGCAUCGUCCUCGACAAGUGGGCACGGGAUCCUAAGGUCAUCGCGGCGUGGGAGCGCCUGAGGGACCGUGAGGGCCUCAAUCAGAAGGUGUGGGAUGGCGCAAGUUGGAAGUUCGCGGAUGGGAUUCUGGCUAUGGAGUGGAACCUCGUUAUCGCCUCCGAGAAGGCGAGGUGCUUGGGCUUCUUUGGCACGGUCGAUACUAUUACCGACUGGGAGCACGUCUUUGAUGAGGCCAGGAAGGCGAAGUUGCUGCCGAAGGCUUGAUGGACUGGUGGAAUGGAAUACGCGAAUGCUUAUUUGUUGCUUCAAACCAAUCAUGAUAUAUCGCUCGGAUUGCAGGUUGCGACGUUCCGAAUGAAACUUUAUUUCUCCAUCUAAUAUAAUCACACUAUAGCAGGGGGUGAUUGCAUACUUAAGUACGAGUGCAUCCAAGACCAUCUCAAUACGCAC